CGACAGGCGAGAGAGUCUGACUUUAGACGCUACCGCGUGGAACGUGAUCGCUAACCUUCUUCGUCGGUGCGCGCUGAUACUGGAUCUGUUUCGCUUGGAGCGAACACAGUGCGAGGACAAUGGAUUAUAAGAUCGUCUGUGACCCGGAUCGCCCGCCGCUAGGUGUGCUGAUCGCGGCCGAAGUAAUUAAAUCUGAAAAUAGGAAGAACAUAACAAUAUUGUGGGACAAAACUGGGGCCGGGGGAUCGAAUGUUUGUUUGUACGACAAACAUGGCGCAGUUUUGGCAGAAGAGACGAACCAGAUCAACCGGUACUUGGCAAGGACCGUAAACCCUGCGCUUUACGGCAGUUUGUCACCGCUCGACAGAACGCGUGUCGACUACUGGAUAACUUGUGCCAUGGCGUUGGAAACCUACAAAGAACCCGAAAUGUUGACCCAUCUGGAUAGUGAGUUGCUAUCGCAGACAUGGCUGGUCACUAAAAGAUUGACGUUGGCUGACAUUCACAUAUUUUCCGUUCUACAUAAAGGAGACUUUCUGAAACACGAAAAGAAUUAUUGUAACAUCACUAGAUGGUACAAGCAUAUGCAAUCGCUUCCCGAGUUCAGCAACGCGAUAGCUAUGAUCGCCAAGAAUUGUCCCUCGUUUGCAAACCUGGACGAGAAGUCCAAACACGCAAAGCUGAGGAAACAGGAGGGCAAGUUUAUCGAUCUGCCUGGCGCAGAAAUGGGCAAGGUGGUGGUAAGGUUUCCACCGGAGGCAAGCGGCUACCUGCACAUUGGUCACGCCAAAGCGGCUCUUUUAAAUCAAUAUUACGCCGAGGCUUUUCAGGGACAACUUAUCAUGCGAUUUGACGACACAAAUCCGGCGAAGGAGACCGUAGAAUUUGAGGAAGCUAUACUAGAAGAUUUGAGAUUGCUGCAAAUUAAGCCCGACCGUUUUACGCAUACCUCGGAUUACUUCGAGAUACUGCAAGAAUAUUGCACUGCGCUGAUUAAGAGUGGAAAGGCGUACGUGGAUGGCACACCGGCGAACCUUAUGAAGGAACAACGCGAUGAAAGAUUGAAAUCUGCGUAUCGAGAUAACUCCGUUGGCGAUAAUCUAGCGUUGUGGGAAGAGAUGAGACGUGGCACCGAGGAGGGUCAAAAGCAUUGUGUCAGGGCGAAGAUCGAUUACGAGUCGCUAAACGGAUGCCUGCGCGAUCCAACGAUUUACCGUUGCAAGCCGGAACCUCAUCCGCGUACUGGAAACAAAUACAAGGUGUAUCCGACCUAUGAUUUUGCUUGUCCAAUUGUUGAUUCUAUCGAGGAUGUUACUCACACUCUGCGCACGAUGGAAUAUCAUGAUAGAGAUGUGCAAUUUUAUUGGAUACUCGAUGCUCUGGGGCUGCGUCGCCCGUACAUUUGGGAAUAUUCACGUUUAAACAUGACUAAUACGGUUCUAUCUAAACGGAAGUUAACGUGGUUCGUGAACGAGGGUCUAGUCGAUGGAUGGGACGAUCCACGCUUUCCGACAGUCAGGGGCAUACUGAGACGAGGAAUGACAGUCGAGGGUCUGAAAGAAUUCAUCAUUGCACAAGGUAGUUCCAGGUCGGUGGUCUUCAUGCAGUGGGACAAAAUAUGGGCUUUUAACAAGAAGGUCAUCGAUCCAAUUGCGGUCAGAUACACUGCACUGGAUUACAACGUAAUGGUACCGGUUAAUGUAGUAGAUGCUAAGGAAGAGUGGUUGAACGUACAAAAUCAUCCUAAAGAUUCAUCUAAAGGUACCAAACGAGUGCGAGUAGGCCCUACAGUAUUCAUAGAGAAGGAAGAUGCUGAAAGAUUAGUUGAAGGACAAAAUGCAACCUUUAUUAAUUGGGGUAAUUUAUUGAUAUCAAAAAUAAAUAAAAAGGAUGGCAAUAUAGUGAAUUUGGAAGCACGAUUAAAUCUGGAGGACAAAAAUUACAAAAACACCUUGAAGAUUACAUGGCUGAGCAAAUCAUUAGACAGAUCCGACCCAAAUGCGGAAUCGACGAAUCCGAUAAAAUGCUUUGCUGUUUACUUUAAUCACAUUAUAAGUGCGCAGGUUUUGGGCAAAGAGGAAGAUUUUAAAAACUUUAUCACCAAGGAUACAAGGAAAGAGGUUGAAAUGUUGGGUGAAGUGGAAUUGAAACGUGUGAAGAAGGGAGAGAUAAUUCAAUUGCAGAGGAAAGGAUUCUUUAUUUGUGAUGUUCCGUAUGCCACUACUAGUGCUUAUUCGUCGCAAGAACAGCCUAUUAUAUUGUUUCAUAUACCUGAUGGACAUUCCACAACACCUCACAUGACGCCUGCUGUGCCAUGUAAUCAGAAGGAUUGCAAGCCAGCUGACACAACAGUUGCUGGUACUCAAAGCAAGACAAAGCCAGAGAACAAAGAGACUUUGAAAGCGGAGAAGAUAUCUGAAGAAAUAAAGAAGCAAGGUGACAAAGUGAAAGUCCUUUUAAGCUUGAAAAGUGACUAUAAAAAUGCAACUGGUCAGGAUUGGAAGCCCGGGAACUCGGAGGCAGCACCGAAAAAGGAAAAGCAAACUUCUCCUAAGCCCGGAAAGUCGUCGGAGAAAGACGUUGCGAAAAAUGCGGACAGUAAGGACGCAGAUACAAGCAAAACUGGAACGAGAUUAGGACUGGAAGCGAAGAAGGAGGAGAACUUCGUCGAUUGGUACUCGCAAGUUAUCACGAAGAGCGGGAUGAUUGAAUAUUAUGAUGUGUCGGGAUGCUACAUUCUCCGUCCGUGGAGUUUCGGGAUCUGGAAGAUAGUAAAGAAAUACAUUGACGAAUACAUAACGGAUCUCGGUGUUGAAGAAUGCUACUUCCCGAUCUUCGUUACUCGUAAUGUGUUGGAAAAGGAGAAGGCGCACGUAGCGGACUUUGCGCCGGAAGUCGCGUGGGUGACAAGAUACGGCGAAACUAAUUUGGCGGAGCCCAUAGCUAUACGACCUACCUCGGAGACUGUCAUGUAUCCGGCUUAUGCCAAAUGGCUGAGGUCGGACACCGAGUUACCGCUCAAGCUCAAUCAAUGGAACAACGUUGUGAGAUGGGAAUUUAAAGAUCCCAAACCUUUCCUACGCACGAGAGAAUUUUUAUGGCAGGAGGGUCAUAGCGCGUUUGCCACGAAGGAGGAAGCGGAGGAGGAAGUGCUGACCAUUUUAAACAUGUACGCUAAAGUUUAUGAGGAAUUGCUAGCGGUGCCCGUUAUCAAAGGUCGCAAGACUGAAAAGGAGAAGUUCGCGGGUGGCGAUUAUACCACCACCGUCGAGGCGUUUAUUUCAAUCAACGGUCGCGCGAUACAGGGAGCGACUAGCCACCAUCUGGGACAAAACUUCUCGAAGAUGUUUAACAUCCAGGUAGAAGGUAUCGCGGAUGGAGAUGAAAAGACGUUUGUUUAUCAAAAUUCAUGGGGAUUAACUACACGAACGAUUGGAGUCAUGAUAAUGGUGCACGGAGAUGAUCAAGGUUUAGUGUUACCCCCACAAGUAGCGCCUGUACAAGUCAUUGUGAUUCCUUGUGGGAUAGUCGCAAGCAUGUCUGCGUCAAACAAGAAGGAACUUCUAAAACAAUGCGAUCAGUUCGUCGAAAUAUUGAAAAAACAGAAAGUAAGAGUGCAGAGUGAUUUUAGAAUUAGUCGAUCACCUGGAUGGAAAUUUAACCACUGGGAGCUGAAGGGUGUGCCAAUAAGAAUCGAAUACGGUCCGAGAGAUAUGGAAAAGAGGCAAAUAACACUCGUACGAAGGGAUAACUUCCAGCGAGUAGUUGUCAGCCAGAAUGAAAUAGUUAGUGCGGUAAAUGAAAUGAUGUGCCAGGUGCAAGACGCAUUGCUAUCCAAAGCAAGGGCCAAUUUAAAGGAGCAUAUUAAACAGGUGGACAAUUGGAGUAGAUUCAACCCCGAGCUCAAUGAGAAGAAUUUAUUGUUGUCACCUUUCUGCGGAGAACCGGCGUGUGAGGAUAAAAUUAAAGAAGACAGUACAAGAGAAAGCACGGACAGCGGAGAAUUAAGCAUGGGCGCCAAGAGUCUGUGUAUACCAUUUGAGCAGCCAAAAUUAACGAAGCCACUCGACAAGUUGAAAUGUAUUCACCCCAGUUGCAAAAACAAGCCCAAGUUUUAUACACUUUUCGGCCGUAGCUACUAACGCAUCCGUAAAAGCUGGUUCAUACAUGUAUAAUACGUUUGAAGAAAUUUUACUGUGAGUUUUGUACGUGAGUAAAAUAUAACAUUUGCCACUUCAAAGUUA